AGGGGCUGGCGAGGAGGCGGCGGCGUGAGGCACCCAUGGCGGGAGGACUCAAAGUGGCCGCCCGGUCGGCCGUUGGCCCCGGGCCCUGGUGCUGGGGCGCCGGGGGCGGUGGGGUCGCCUGGCUGCUGUUCGUCCUCUUCGGCUGCGUGGUCUGCGGCUCAGCUGGAAUUGAUGUAAAUGUGGUCAUGCUUCAGGAGUCCCAAGUUGAUAUGAAUUCCAAUCAACAAUUCUGUUAUAAAAACGUGCUUAUCCCAAAGUGGUAUGAUAUAUGGACACGGAUACAGGUCCGGGUAAAUAGUUCCAAAUUGGUCCGAGUCACCCAGGUGGACAAUGAGGAGAAGCUGAAGGAGCUAGAGCAGUUUAGUAUCUGGAACUUUUUUUCUUCCUUUCUAAAAGAGAAAUUGAAUGACACCUAUGUUAACGUGGGUCUGUACAGCACAAAAACCUGCCUCAAAGUUGAGAUUAUAGAGAAGGACACCAAAUACAGUGUCAUUGUGACCCGGAGAUUUGACCCCAAACUCUUCCUUAUUUUCCUCCUUGGACUUAUGCUAUUUUUUUGUGGAGACUUGUUGAGCAGGAAUUAUAAGUACUGCCAUUCCCUUUUCCAGGAUCUGUGUGGCUUAGAUGUUGCCCACGUGGGCUACGUCCUCACGGUUGGAUUCAUGAGUUUUGCAGUGUGCUACAAGUACGGGCCCUUGGAGAAUGAGAGAAGCAUCAACCUGCUGACUUGGACCCUGCAGCUGCUGGGCCUGGGCUUCAUGUACUCCAGCAUCCAGAUACCACACAUUGCUUUUGCUCUGGUCAUCAUUGCGCUGUGUACCAAGAACCUGGAGUAUCCCAUUCACUGGCUGUACAUCACCUACAGAAAGAUGUGUAAAGCGACAGAAAAGCCUGCCCCCCCUCGCCUCCUGACAGAAGAAGAGUAUCGGAUACAAGGAGAGGUGGAGACCCAAAAAGCUUUACAGGAGCUCCGAGAGUUUUGUAAUAGUCCAGAGUGCUCUGCCUGGAAGACCAUAUCUCGGAUUCACUCUCCAAAAAGAUUCGCUGACUUUGUGGAAGGUUCUUUUCACCUCACGCCAAAUGAAGUCUCUGUUCACGAGCAGGAGUAUGGAUUAGGGAGCAUAAUUGCCCAGGAUGAGGAGCUGUCCUCAGAGGAGGAAGGCUCAGAGUACCCUGCUGUGGUCACCCAGAACAGCUUCCUGACUUAGUUGGGAAUCGGUUAUUUUCAUGUAGACUGGUGUGGUCCUGAGGGUGCAGAAGCUCGCCUCCUGAAAGCCGAGGACUGGGGGUGUCACCCCGGCAGUGCUUUGGUGGUCUCCAAGGGAUCCCUGAGGAAAGAGUGGAGGAAGGAGUGAGUGCUGUAGUCGCCUGGUUCUGACAGUGGAGCUAUUGGUCCACUCUGCUAUUCCUGAAGAGACUGGUUGGCCACAGCCAGCAUGAUAGUCUAGCUCCUGUUUGAAAGUUCACUGAAUGAUGGUGAUUCCAUCACUGUGACAAACCUCAGAAAUUAAGUGCAGUAAUGCAUUCAGAUCAGAGACUGCAUCUCCUAAAGAGAAUCUACAAAUUUGAGCCAUUUUUUACUUGUCUGCUUCUUCUAUUUCAGUGGAUCUUUAGGAUAAUGCUUGAUUUAAGGAAAAAUAGAUGGUUGUCUAUCUUGUUUUUUAAACAAAUUAUUUUUUUAAGUGCAGCAAAUUCAUGUUUUAGAACCAAUAAGUGCUCCAGAGUGACAAACUCUGCUGACCCCCAGAUGUUUAUUGGUAUAGGUCUCCAUGAAAACCCCGGAGCUGUUGUGUUGAGCCUGGGAUUCUCAUGAGUCUGCUCUUCUGGGUUUUACUUCACAUUUAGAAAGACGUCCGACAGCCUUCUGUGAUGCUGCUCCCCUGAGCUCUGUGUGUAACAUCUGCAGUUUCUGAGGUUCAGAGUCUGUCUCGUUUCUUCUUCUCUGCUCCCGCCCUCCCCUUCCUAACAUGGAGGUUCCUCCCCUUCUGACCGUUUUGUUCUGAGGUUUUUCUCUCAGGGCCAGGGUCUUGCACCUUAUAACUCAGGCUGGUCUGAAGUUGUCAGUCCUUUGAUUAAAGCCUCUCAGUGCUGGAAUCUUAAGCCUGUGUUGCCACGCCAAGCUUCUUCUUCUUUUUUUUUUUCUUUUUUCGAGACAGGGUUUCUCUGUGUAGCCCUGGCUGUCCUGGAACUCACUCUGGAGACCAGGCUGGCCUGGAACUCAGAGAGAUCCUCCUGCCUUUGCCUCCCGAGUGCUGGGAUCGAAAGUGUGUGCCACCACAUCUGGCAUGCCAACCUUCUUGCCUUAUUUUUUUUAUAUAUCCCUUAUAUAUCCCUUUUGGUUCCUACAUUAUAACUAGGGAGAGAAGUCUUGUUUACCUCUUUUUCUCCAUCAGAUCACAGAUGACUUACUACACAAUCAAGAAACUAUCCCAGGGCUGGGGAUGUAGCUCAGUGGUAGAGCGCUUACUGGCUGGGGAUGCAAGGCCCUGGUUAGAUUUUUAACACCACAACAAAACAACACCAACCCUACCUCCUUGUCCCUGUCUCCUCUUCUAGACCCAUUCUGUUCGUUCAGCCUUCUCACCGCCUGCACGUUCCUAGAUCGGUAAUUUGUGAGUCCUGAAACCAUCUGUUAAUUGUUUAUAUGCAGUUUGGGUUAUGUAGCUGCCGGACGGACUUUGCAUGGCGGAUAAUAGACCUUAAGGCUGUCUUCCUGCCUCUGACGCUCGUUCAGCGGUCAGCACCAGACACGUUCUCCCUGAAUUGACUGUCCUUAUUCACAGUUCAGAAUCCCUUGCCAUUGCAGACACCCUUAAAAGCUAACGGUGUCGUUUAUGAGGGAGCAGACUCCCAAGUUUCUGCCGUUUGCUUGGUUCUUUCAUUGUGAUCUUCACCGUCACAUUAGAAGAAGCGUGUGACUUACUUUUGUGAUUCUUCCAGCCGGGAAGGGAGGGCUGACUCAGGUCUACAGCAUCAGACUCAUUGUCUUAGGACCAUCGGGAAGGGAGAUGGUGUUUUCAAGAAUAUCUUAGGGUUUCUUCAGACCUGCUCAUUUUGAAAGACCCUGGGCUCUGCUGCUAGCAUCCAAAAUGCCGGCUGAGUCGCAUCUCCAGGUGGCCAGUGGGUUAUUUCAACCAUUGUUCCCCAUAGCCUUAAAUUGUCCUAACGUGACAACUACCUCAGCUGGUAGAAAGGGAAACAGGAGAGACGGAGAGUGAGCAGUAUCUGGGCAGGUGCUGUGGGUUAGAGCUGCAGAGUACAAGAUGUCUUUGUGAAUUGGGAAUAUGGUAGAAAUCUGUCCCUUUUCAGAGAACCAUCACAGCUUCUGAAAAGGUGGGCAUGAAGCUCAGAGGCAGUCCAUGCUUGUCUAGCAGGCACAAGGUUGGGGUUCAGUUCCUGGCGUCACAAAAACAAAACCCAUUGCUAACAACAAAAGCCUCUAAAACACACUGUUUGGAACAUCCUUUAUAGAAGUUGAUACCCAGUAUAUUUUAGUGUAAAAACCAGUUCAACUGUACACGUGGCGUUAGGUCCUGGAAGCCCUUGGUGCCUUUCCCACAUCACUCCCUGAGGAUGGCAGCUUGCCAAAGGGGAGGGGACUUCUGACUUAGAUGUUUAUUUUAAUGAGAAAUCACUGUGAAUGACUUUGCUCUUCUGUGUGGUGAACUCCCAGUGAAAUAUGGAUUUCAUGUCAAGGCCAUUUGUCUCUUGAACUGUAUUUGAAUUUGGGGUGAGCAAACCCAGCUCACUUUCUUACCCUGAGUCUGGGGUUGGGGAACUGAGUGGUGUGAGAGCUGUUCUCAGUGAAGGGCAUGCCGCUUCUGUGUGCUGUGUGCCCUUGUGUGUGUGUGCCCUGCCUGCCUGUGUGUCUGUCUGGCGGAUCUCAUCAGGGUUGGAGGGAGGGCUGGGAGGGCUGGGCGGGCUGGGCACUGGAGCCGUGUCUGCACCUGUCAGCGUCUGCGCUCAGCGGCUGUCAGGCCAUAAGUUGGUUCCAGGGCUCAGGGUCUCGUCAUUGGAAAUCUAUUGCUUCUAAUGGGUCUGACCCGAGCUUAUAGAACAUGGCUGCCAUUAAUGAGAACAUAAGAGGCAGUUGGCCGAAGAGUUUAUAGGGUCCCUUUCCUCAUUAGAACAUAAUGACCAAAGCCAAAACCAUUUAGCAACUUGGAUCACUUUGUUACCUUGAAAUAGGAGGAGCUGGUUUCUCCCACCCGCUUUCUUGUUUUAUCAACAGUGGUGGUUCUGCUGGUGAUGGCUCUUGGGGUCCCACUGUUCUGUUUUAUCAUAGCACAUCCUAUCCUAGGGCACAACCCUUAUUAAUCAGUUGUGUUCCUUUAGCCUACCCCACUUGGCAUAGGUGACAGAGGUUUGAGGAAUGAAAGGACCCAAAUAGGCCAGAGAACCCCCGAGGCCUUGAUACCCAUGAGGGGUUUGGGAGUGAGUUAUGUAAUUGCCCUCAAUCUUUGUUCCAGAAAAAAAAGAUGAGCUGAGAUGGAUGUCUGUGUUAAAGUGGUCCCUAGCGGUGUCCUCAUGAGAGUUGAAGUAGGAGGGCAGAAGAUAGACCCCUUCUAGUAUUCCUCUGGACUCAGGUCCAGUAUAGGAGACAAUCGUCUGCAUCUGAACGGAGAAUUUUAUCUGAACACAGGAAGGACAGUGGGGCAGAUUUACUGAGCUCUCACAUUAGCGAGGCACUGACAGCAAGGGAUAAAUACACGAAGUAGCAGUUGCACGUGACAACUUGGCCUAAGCCUUCCAUGUAGCAGAAAUGAUUUCUUUUGGGGGAACUUAAACAAUUGUGGUUACCCAGUGGUAUCUUAGUGACUUAACUAUGGAUACUGUUGGCUGUUGGAGUCAGGAUGGUUACUGUCUUGAAAAGGUGGUUUGGAAGUCUGGCAUGGUAGUGUAUACUUGAACUUGGAAGGGUGAGGUGAGAGGAUCAGUUAAGUCUGGACAUUUUAAGUUAGUAGGAGCAGCAAAGGAGACCCCCAUCUCAAAAUAGAGACUGUUUGGUGCCUUACAUGGCAGGACGUAGAACCCUGUGAAUAAGCAAAGCAUACAAACACCAGUGUUAGCCCUGUAGCCUCAGCAGGGUCAGGUGUGGUCCCAGACUCACCCAUGAGGCUUUGGACCCAUCACAUCCCACGUGUGUCGUCUUCCUUCCUUUGACACGCUUUAUUAUUUAGACAGGGUGCCCCUCUGUAGCCCAGGAACUCACUCUGUAGCCUGGAACUCAUGGCAGCCCUGCCUUGGUCUUGAUUGCUGGGAUUAUAGGCAUGAGCCACCAUGUCCAGCUUCCUCUUUCAUACUCUUGACAAUAACUUGAAAAUGGUGAAACCAGUUGGCUUUGAACUUCUGGGCGGCAUGGGCAUCACUGUGUGACAGAUUGCCCCCAUGUGACCCUCAAAGCCUGUUAAACCCACAGUGGCCACAGUUUUCAUGUCUAUGGAAUUGAUACUGAAAUAACAAGGCCAAGAAACUACUAGGUAAGUUUUAGCCUGUGGGUAAUGCCUUAGUGUUAUUUAGAUAAAAUAUUUGUCAUUUAUACUUCAUAAAUGUUAAAGAAUGUUCAGGAAGAACAAAAUUAUCAGGGAUGGCGUUUGCCAUGGGUCUUACUUCCCCCUACCUUUCUGUAAGAAAAAGUGAUGCUGUGUAUUUUUAUUAUUUUUAUUAUUAUAUGGCUUGUAAAUUAUCCCAAUUUUAAUAAAGUUUUAUAUGCUGUA